UCCAAAUAAAACCUUAAAUCAAUUUAGGCGUUUGUAUUGUUGCAUCGAACAAAUAAGGAAGUAGAAACUGUAGAAUCCUCACCAUAUUAUAUUUAGUAUAAAUAUUUAAUUAAAAAUUAUUUAAUUAGACAAUUUUGUGUGGAUUACUCUUCUAUAUAUAUACACACACACGGAGUGUGUUGUUUUCCUUGUGGUUGUGGUUAGGGUUUUCUCUGUUUUCCCACAAAAUCGGUGCUGCGAACAUGGAUUCAUCUGGCUCGAACAAAGCACAACCUCAUUGCGAUAAAUCGUAUGAUGAUGAUGAAGAGGAAAACCAGAAAUCCAGAGAUCCCAAUAGUGAUAGCGAAGGAGAAGAAGAGGGUUAUUCUGAUGAUGGGUAUAAUGAUGGGCUUCAUAAUAUGACCAGGAAAGAGUGUUUCGAGUACUAUACUCGUGUUCAAGAGAGCGAUGGGUUUGAUGUUCCUGAAUUUCCCAACGUCUUUGCGCUGGGUAUCAUCGUACCAUAUCUCGUACCUGGUGAACCGUUCGAGGAUGAAUCAAGUCUCGAAGAACUUAACACGUGUUCACUUUUAGCAAUUCAGGAUUUCAACGGCAGAAACGAUGAAAAUUACGAGUUUGUGAAGGUUGUGAAGGCAAACAUGCAACCUGUUUCUGGUGCCAUGUUUUUCAUUACCUUUGAGGCCAAGAAUAAGGAUGUUGGUCCUGUUGAAACCUUUGAAGCAAAGGUCUAUGCGGGAAUUACGGAGAUGGAAGCCUUGAUGUGCAGGCGUAAAACAGUUGCUACAAUCGACCAAGGUACCAAGGGCUGAUUGGCACUCGACCAAGAAAGAAAGAGACUAGAACUCUAUUCUAGUGAUUUGAUGGGUUCACUAUUUUGUUCUGGGUUGCUGCUUCUUUUGUAUGGGUUAGUAAGGUUGGAUUAGAGUUGGGCAUCAAGUUUUAGGUAUUUGGACUAGAUGUUCCGGUAUCUAAAUUUGGGGGCAUGACACUUUGGUAUAAAGUUUAUUUGAAGAGAUGAAACAGUAGAGAUAUUUUUAUUUGGGAUUA